UCGUUAUUUUUCCACACACAGAGAGGCAGAGAGAGGUGAGUAUUGUUUCGCAAGCCGGAGAAGAACUCGGUGACAGACGACACAGGACUCAGUCUGCCUAGUCUUUCGUUCUAAGCGUUCGUUUCUCUUAAGCUCAAAUUCCUUUGCUCACAAUUUAUGGAACCCAGUACCGUCAGUGGUUUGCAGAUCUAGGUCGUUUUUCAGGCGCCACAAGAUUCUUGUUCUGUUGGGUUUCCAUAGACUAGAGCUUAAACCUGUAAAUGAUGGCUGGCCAGAGAAGUGAUUAUGGCAAUAGUUCUCAGUCUCGAUCUGAUUAUGGGGAAAGUAAGAGAACAGACCAUGGCGAUGAUAAUGACCAGCAUGAUAUUGACUCUGAAGAGACUGUUUAUCGUUACUUAUGCCCUGUGAGAAAGAUCGGAAGUAUCAUUGGGAAAGGUGGAGAAAUAGCUAAGCUAUUAAGGUCUGAAAGUAAAUCGAACAUUAGGAUUGCGGAGAAUAUGCCAGGCUGUGAUGAGCGUUUAGUCACAAUAUACAGUACCAGCAAGGAAACCAAUCUUUUAAAAGAUAACGGUGACUUUGUUGCACCUGCAUUGGAUGCUCUCUUUAUGGUGCAUGACAGGAUUGUUUCAGAUGGUCUGCCUGCUACUGAAGAAUUUGAAGAAGUCCAACAGAUCACAGUUAGGAUGCUUGUGCCAUCAGAUCAGAUCGGAUGUAUAAUCGGUAAAGGAGGACACAUAAUCCAGAAAAUGCGAACUGAAACUCGAGCUCAGAUUCGCAUUUUAAGAGAUGAAUAUUUGCCACCCUUGGCUUUGAGUAAUGACGAGCUUCUCCAGAUAAUAGGGGAGCCUUCAAUUGUGAGAAAGGCUCUCUAUCAAGUUGCUUCCCUUCUUCAUGAGAAUCCAUCUCGAUACAAUCACUUGCUUUUGGCUUCUUCAUCCAACAUGAGUCAGUCUGGUGGCAUGCUUAUGACUCCAAAUACCAGUGCUCCACAUGGAAAUUACACAGGUCUUUCAUCAUACCCAGAUCAAAGAGAUGAAACCUUUGCGAAAGAAUUCUCUCUUCGUCUUGUGUGUCCAACUGGAAAUAUAGGGUCAGUGAUUGGAAAAGGUGGCUGUAUUAUCAAGCAAAUUAGACAAGAAUCUAGGGCUUUCAUCAAAGUUGAUAGCAUUGGUGCUGAAGACGAGUGCAUCAUAUUUAUAUCCGCAAAGGAGUUUUCUGAAGACCAGUCUCCAACAAUUACUGCAGCAAUGCGCUUACAACCUCGGUGCAGUGAAAAGACUGAAAGGGAAUCGGGCGAUUCUGUACUCACCACUCGUUUACUUGUUUCAAGUUCGCAGAUUGGUUGCCUUAUAGGUAAAGGUGGGGCUAUUAUUUCUGAGAUGAGGAAUGUAACAAGGGCUGGCAUCCGCAUUCUUUCAGAAGGAAACCUUCCCAAAGGUGCUUAUGAAGAUGAUGAGAUGGUGCAGAUUACUGGAGGAGCUGAUGUUGCAAAUGCUGCCCUUUUACAAGUAGCUUUGAGGUUAAAAGCCAACUUAUUCAAGAGGGAUGGCAUACUAGCUCCAUUUUCACCAGGUCUUCCAUUCACACCUAUGUCUGUAGACGCUUCAAAUGGUCUAAGAAAUGGAAGCCGAGAUAUCCAUUUACGUGGCCGUGGAUAUUCUUCUCACUCUAUUGAACAUGGUUCACGGGAUAUACCUACAGGUGACAAUUAUGAGAGUGAUGGUGAUGGUGCACACAAAACACAGAGUGACGUGACGGUAGUGACUGAACGGUGGUGAAAUGGAUGGCUACGAAAAAUCUUCUGAUUGACACCAGGCAUUGUGGUUCGAUUCCUAAUCUGCAAGUCCUAGAGCUAGAAGUUGAUAAUUCCCUUUUUUUUUUGUUGCUUUCAACCUCUGCAUAAGAGUAAGCACUUUUUUUUUAUUUACUUUCUAUGUCAUUACUCAGAUCCACCGUGGCUAAUUAUAUCUUGAUGUAACAAACUAAACAGCUUUCUAUUGCAUUUGUUGCCUUCUCAGUCCAAUCUAAACAGCUUUAUCCAGAAACCUCCAUAACCAGCCCUUUGUCCUGAGGGCAUCAGAGAUCCGACCAAAUUAUGCUUUGCCUUGCAUCCUGUGACGCUUUGUUUUGGACGGCUUAUGUCUAUUGGUGCUCCAGUUCAAUGAUUCAUGUACUUUUGCUUAAUUUUGCUAUUUUACGUCAUCUGCUUCUAUGUCGCGAGUGUCCCGCUCUUUUAUUUUCUUGUUAUCUAAACAUCAGCUGGAAUUUACUUAUAUGAGAGUUGGCAAUGCAUAUUGAAUAAUAUAGUGGUGCUUGCUAUGUUUGUUUUGGAGAAACCUCAGUGAGGCUCGCAGUUUUCUUCUUGGGUGAGAACUUCAUUCAUAAACAGUUGUCUGAAUUAAUGGACAGAUUACUGCUGUGAUAAUAGAUUGUA